AUGGCGGAUCCUAGCACAUACGAUUUCUUCAAGCUAAACGUCCGGCAUCUGAAACCCUACCCGUCGAGCAACUCAUCGGCCUCCGUCGACCCUCGGUUGUUCUUCACCUCGCAGGCCCUCGGCGGCCACCAAAACACGUACGAGCGGGAGAGAGCCGCUACCAGGAGAUCGCUCACGGCCGACAACGGAUUCGCCGGCAAUCCGUCCGCCACAGCCUUCGAGAUCGACGGGCCCAUAAAAUUGGCCGAUCUGAAAUUAAGCUUUCACCAACAUGUAGAAAGCUUAAUUGAAAAUAAAAUCUUUAUUUCUACCAGAUCUGAAGAUGAUGACCGCGGGGAUGGCUCGGUAGACGAUCUCGUCGAGGGAGUAGGACUCGAUGGAGAAUGGGUCGGCGUUGAAAGGGAUGUACUUGGCGGAGAAGCCGUGGGACGAGGCGUGGCGGCGGGCCUCGUUGCGGAUGUUCUCACCUGCAGGGCAGCGGCGGUGGACCUUGGAGGGUUUUGUGUGAGAAGAGAGAAAGGACCGUCUGUGAAUAAGAGAGAGGAGGGAUAG